GAACAACUCCCACCAUCAGGUCCCCACUGUCACUAUUCUGUGCUUUCCUCCGCAUUGUUUCAGAAUCUCUCUCUACAUUCGAUUUUCACCUAGGGUUUGGUGGCCUCCCAAAAUUAAGGAAAGUAAUUGUUCUUACCUCUUUUGUUCUCCAAAAUAUUAUGGAUUUUGUGUCAGGUGUUUUCUUACAAAAUGGUUGCUUAAAUAACGUCGGUGUUUACGUCACCAAUCACGGCGGUAUGCCAUAUGGAGAAGGUAGUUAAAGGAGUCUCUCCAUAAAUCAUAUUGGCAUAAUUUUGUUCCAUCAAAAUGGAGGAUGAGAAUGGGCUUGAGCUUAGUUUGGGUCUAUCUUGUGGUGGAUCAUCUGCCAAAUCAAAAGGCAAAACUGUUAGCUCCACAGAUACUAGGACUGAUGGAGGCGAUGAAGGCAACAAAGUGGUGGAUGAUUUCAAGAGUUUUCUUCACGGUGGCACCCAGAAACAGGACUCUGGUACUGGGUCUCAGAGAAAUGAUCCAGUAAAACCGGAGGACAACUUCGUUCAUAACCUUUCCAAAGCUGUGGUUGAUGUGGAUGGUUAUGCAAGCUUGAAUGGUAGAGGGCUUUGGGUUGCAAACAGUAAGAGAUCUGCUGAAGUUGAAGAAGAGAAUAGGCCAGAGACUGGUAACAAACCUAAAAAUUUGUUUGAUGAGAUAAGCCAUCAAAAAAAGCGUGGCAGAGAAGUUCAUCAUGGUCAGUUACACGACAAGCCUAUAACGUCGCACAUUUCCAUAACCACAGAUGAUGGCUCAGCUGCUGAUAAUGAAGAUGUGGCAGACUCUGAAGUCGAGGGCUCAACCUCAAGACUAAUUUCACACCAUGAUGAUAGCUCCAAAAGACACACUGGGAAUGGUGUCUCAUCUGAGGUCACAAAAGAGGUUCACGUGGUUACUGGUUCAAGCCUUGUUGAAUUACAAGGGCAAAAGAGGUAUAAGGUUUCAUCAGAAAAGGAAUUUAAACUUGGGAACAUGCCCUCUGGUGCUACAUACCCAGCACAAUCUGUAAACAUCAUGAAUUUUCCUUACUCGAUACCUUUGAAGGAUUCUAACUCUGUUGGUGCACCCAACACAUCAGGCUUUCAAUUAUCUGGCAUGACGCAAAUGAUGGCUGCUGCAAAUAGUGAUCGACCAGGGACCCAGCCUGUGAUACCUGGAAACUUACCAUUGAUGUUUAGCUAUUCUCCUGGUCACCAUCCGGCAUUGGAUAAGGAUAAUUCCUGGGGUUUGGUUUCUCAUCCCCAACAAGUUCACCCAUCCUUUUCUGGCAGAAUUCCACCAAACUCAGCUGCCAUGCCAGUGGUUGUGCACAAGUUAUCUGAAACUUACGAUGGAAGGACAUUAGAACAGGCUAAAAUUGAUGGGAAACAGCAUGCCACUGAAGAAGGUUCCUCUUCUCAAAAACAAAAUAUUAUGAAUGGCAACAGCAUGAUCUUCAGGGCCAAAGAUCCUUCUGACCAACCAUCUGAAUUUCCAGCUAUAAGGCCAGGUAUUGCCGCAGACCUCAAAUUUGGGGGAUGUGGUUCCCACCCGAAUCUACCAUGGGUUUCCACAACGGGUCCUGGCCCAAAUGGUAGGACAAUUUCUGGUGUAACUAUCAGAUACAGCGCAACCCAAAUUAAGAUUGUUUGUGCUUGCCAUGGGUCUCACAUGUCCCCUGAAGAGUUUGUUCAGCACGCUGGUGAAGCACAAACAAAUCCAGAUAAUGGCACCGGUUUGGUGUCAUUUCCAAGCAGCAAUCCUUCUGCCUCAACUCAAAGCUAAUGCAUUAGUUUUAUGAACCAGGCUAAUAAAUAUUAACAUCUGAUGUGAUGAAGAAGUCCUUCUUAUGGUUUUGUAUACCACAUGUUGGGUUUCUCCUCGAAUGUCUCACUCAACAGGAUUAGAUGUUUAAUUUCCCUUCUGUCAGUUCCCUUUCCUGCUGCAAUUGAAAAAGCAGUUGUAUGUAAUAACCUUACAGCAAUCAUUCCUUUGUCAAUUAUAUAUAUUAAGCUUCAUAUCUUUUCAAUAGUAGCUCUCUAAGACAUGUCUCUCCUUUAUUAUUUUUAUUUUAUACAGUAUAGAGCUACUUUCAAACUCCGUCAUUGUAAGAAGGUGGUUAAAUGGAAAUAUGAAUUUGUGCGUGGUGGGUAAGAAUUAAUGCA